UGCCAGCUCCCUCUGGGGAGUGAGAGAUGCACCCUCCUGAUUGACCCAACACCAGCGGCCAAGGUGGGAGCCCCAGGCUAAUCCUGAGCCAUUGCCUCCGGUUCCACACCACACAGCCUCUGGAGGUUGCCCCAAAGCUGGGCCCUCUGGGCUGAGAAGGGUUCCUUGUCCCCAGCUUCCCCUGGGUGAUGCAGGGAGGGACCCACCAGGGUGCCUGCAAGCCAGACACAUCAUGUGAACCAGGAAUAAUUGCGUGAGGAAGCAUUUUUUGCACAGUAGACGUGUGCCUUGCCCUACACUGGGGGAGCUGCACUUGAGGUUUCCUUCUGAUCUUUUCCAAAGCAAUCAAAGGUUUUCACCAAACAAUAAAAGUGGUGUUUCAAGCAGAAAAAGAGCUUUAGUUGAUAAGAAAGUGUUCUAGUGAAAAAGUUUCUAUUGUCCCCAGUGGCACGUAUGAGUGAAACGUGGUGGGGCUCCGGGAGGCUGGCUGCUCCGGGAGGCAAACACCACCACCUCUUAUCAAGGCUCGUGCCUGCCCAAUCAUCUGAUGUGUGUGCCCAUAGCUGCGUGGCAGGGGCGGAGAGCAGCCCUCCCGGGGGGUGUGACACCACCCUUGGAGUGGGAGAGGGGACAAGAGGCUGCCUGGGCUCUCCCCAGUGAGCAGGGACAUCCCUGGCAGGGCUGAGGCUGCAAGAGAGCAGUGGCUCUGCUCCGUGUCUCACCAAGGGCCUGCCGGUCCCACCACCUGCCUCGCUGCCUCUCCAACCAGGUCAAACUCUUCGGCUUGACUGGGAAGAAAAGGGACAUCCAUCGGGCUCAGUGCACCGAGCCAGGGCCAGGAGGAAGCCACGCAGUGCAUGACUGAUCUCCCAGCUGUGUUUCCCAGGCCAGGUCUGUGCUGCUGUGUGGGAAGGUGGUAGGAUGGCUCGGAGGAUGAGCAUCAAUGAGCUGGAGGACCAGCUACUCUGUCCCAUCUGCUUGGAGGUCUUCAAAGAGCCCCUGAUGCUGCAGUGUGGGCAUUCGUACUGCAAGUCCUGCGUGGUGUCACUCUCUGGGGAGCUGGAUGGGCAGUUCCUGUGCCCUGUGUGCCGCCAGAUGGUGGACUGCAGUGCCUUAUCACCCAACGUCACACUGGCCUGUGUCAUCGAGGCACUGCAGAGCCUGUGCGAGGCAGAGCUGAGCCCGGAGUCCUGCCCAACACACCACAACCCCCUCAGCCUCUUCUGUGAGGCUGACCAAGAGGUGAUCUGCGGGCUGUGUGGCACCAUUGGCAACCACCGCCAGCACAAGAUCACCCCCAUCUCUACUGCAUACUGCCAGAUGAAGGAGGAGCUGUCUGUGCUGCUGACCAAUCUCCACCAGUACAAGAGGAACCUGGAUGAACACAUCAGCAAGCUCAUCAACAACAAAAGCCGCAUUGCAAACGAGGCAGAUGUCUUCAAGUGGGUGAUCCGGAAGGAGUUCCAGGAGCUGCACAGGUACAUUGACGAGGAGAAGGCCACUUUCCUGGAGAGCAUUGAGAGGAAGGCAACACAGCUCAUCACCUCUAUUGAGUCCCAGGUCAAGCAGACAUCAGAUGCCCUGCAGAGGCUUAAGGAGAUGCAGAGCUCUCUGGAGGCACUCAGCAAUGAAAGUCAGCUUGGUUUCAUCCAGAAAUACAGCUCCUCCCAGUUCAGGUCAGAGCUCCUCAGCCUGCACCCUUGUGAUGGUGUCUUUAGCCCCGUGUCCUUUAAGCCAUGCUUCCACCAGGAUGACAUCAAGAUGACUGUGUGGAAGCGCCUGCACCGCCGUGUCCUACCAGCUCCAGAGACGCUGAAACUGGACCCAGUGACAGCACAUCCUCUCCUGGAGCUCUUCAAGGGCGACACGAUGGUGCGGUGUGGCCUCUACCAGCACCGGGACAGCAACCCCAAGCGUUUUGACUCCAGCAAUUGCAUCCUCACCUGCAAGGGCUUCUCCUGUGGCCAGCACUACUGGGAGGUGAUUGUGGGCGCCAGGAACCACUGGCGUGUGGGCAUCAUCAAGGGCACGGUCAGCCGCAAAGGGAAGCUGAGCAAGUGUCCUGAGAAUGGCGUGUGGCUCAUUGGUCUGAAGGAAGGGAAGGUCUAUGAGGCCUUUAGCAUGCCACGGGCUACCCUGCCUCUGACCACCCGGCCCCAGCGCAUUGGCAUCUACCUGCACUACGAGAAGGGUGAGCUGAGCUUCUACAAUGCUGACAACCCUGAUGAGCUCAGCCCCAUCUACACCUUCCAGGCAGAGUUCCAGGGGCAGCUCUACCCCAUUGUGGACCUGUGCUGGCCUGAGCGAGGGCCCUGUUCCCCUCCCAUCAUCCUGCCUGUGCCCACUGCGAGCAGGCACCCUCAGGCGCUGAACAGCCAUCCUGCCCCCAAGGAACCCACAAAGCCAUAGCCUGGCCAGCGGCACGAGGGUUUGGCUGCAGCAAGCUGCAUGCAGGCUUGUGCUAGUAUGGAAGCUAUGGUACUGUGGGGUAAUGUUUAGCAGCAUAAAAUGUCAGCCUUGACCUCUGAAUUCCUGUCCCCAGUUUGGCAGCCUGAGCCCAAACCCUAAAACAUGGCUGGCCUUCAGAAAUCUCCCAAUGGAAGGGGGUGCCUGCCUGAAAAGUGUGAGCCAUAAGCAUCCGGGGGCUUUGCUGCUGCAUCUUUCCUCUGAAUAAAUGGAGUUUGUGCUAAA